AUGGACAGAGCAAAUCCCUAAAAUCUAGGAGGGUAGCAAAUCAAGACCUAGAAUUUGAAAUUAUGUGGCAAUCACUUUGAGCCUUUGUCAUUCUAUCAUAUAAGUUCUGACAACUUUCUUUGUCCAGACUGUAUCUAUGAGAAAAAGGUCUCAAUGGAUGAUGUUAGAAGAACUUAGAGCAUUUGUGAGUAGGAGUUUAAGUAAUGGGAUAUGAUGCGCUCUGAUUUCUAAAUCAUCGACCAGUUUAGUAAUGAUUUUACUGAUCCAAACAGUAUUUUGCCCAAGAUCUUUAAUUUAGGGCCUCUUGGUCAGGGUUAGCCAUAAUCUUAAGAUAGAUAUGGUAGACCAAUUCAAGAUAAUGCUGGAGCUGCUGCAAAUGAGCAUCUAAAUGGAGUUCAAUAAAACUUCACUAAGAUAUUGAAGUAGAUUGAGAAACUAAAAAAAAAGUUUUAAGAGGAUCAUACAAUCAUUUCUAACCUUAGAUAAACAGAGAUAGAUCCUAGUACUUUAAUGCUCAAGGAGGCCUCUAGAGUUAACUUAUAACUAGAAAUUGUUGAGAUUAAUGAGGAAAUAAGAGAAUUUUAGACUUCUCUUCAAAAUCUUAUAGAGUUUGAUCCAUUUUACCUUGAAAGAGAAAUAAAGUAGCUCAAGACGGUUGGAACAUUCAGCCAGCAAUGUACAGUAAACGCACACUUGUUAAACAAGAUUAAUACCAUAGCUAACAGUUUAUCAAAACAGAUCGAUGAAGUAAGAAGAUCAUCAGGGGUUCCAUCUAGACCAAUUGCACAGGCUUCUAAUUAAGCCUAAUACAGUAAUGGUCCAACACUCGAACAAUUUAUUAUGCUGAAAAAUGAAUUGGAAAAAUCAAAGAUUAAAGAAGCAGAGAUGAAAAACGAAAUUGAAAAUCUUAAGUAUAAACUAUCUAUUGUGAUGAAAUCAAUGAAUGAAAAUGGGUUGCUGGGUAUUCAGAUGUCCUCAUAAAGCCAGAGCAACUAAAGCUCAUCAAAGUAAAAUCAAUAAGAGCAGUAAAAUAGAUACAAUAAUGAAGAUUAAAAUGCCCAAAAAUAUUAGAAAUCUAAUACAAAUUCUAAUUCAGAGUAGUCAUCCCUCUAGGACUAAAGAAGUUCAUCAUAAGGAAUGGUGUAAGAAUUAUUGGCAAGAUAACAUAAUGCUCAGAAAAGAUAAUAAUUAGAAGGUUUAAGCGAAAAGUAACAAAAAGCCUACAUUGAAUUGCAAGAAAUGGGAUUUUAAAAGGAAAAAUUACUUGAAAAAAUUAAGAAAUUUGAUGGUGAUUAGCAGAAGAUUAUAGAAGAUCUUGAUCUUUCUUCAUUUUAAUGA